AUGUUUACUGUACAAUCGGUUAUCGGUAUCAUUAAUCAUACAUUCAUUACACCACCAGAGAGAGAAAUGACAGGUUCAGAAAAUCCUUCAUUUGUUCCAGGGAGUCUUCCCUUUGACGAGAACUUAUUCACCGAUCAUGUCCACUCGCCAGUAUCAAUGAAUAGUAUUCUAAAUCCCGAUUUAUCAAGUUCAUUUCCAAGUAUUCCAGAAAGCUCAACUAUCGAUACAGAGGGGCCAGAAAGCAGUAACUCGCAUAGGACAAUUGCCGCAUCGAAAGUUAAGAAACCCGAAAAGAAACGUGGAGACAGAAGGGAGUUCACGGUAGAGAAGAGAAUCCACAUGUAUGGAUUUCACGACGGCGUAUCCUUUUACCAGAAAGAAAUGGAUGCAUUUUAUAAAGCACAAUUGAAAAAGAUUGAAAGUGAACCAUCGUUCAAUAAUAUUCGAACCAAGUUGAAGAGCCUAGUUAAACCACCGAAGAUCACCAUUCAGAAACAGGCGGAAGCUCUUGGAUGUAAAAGCAGUACGUAUCUGUCUGCUAUUGAUAGAAGGAAUUCAAAGCCAGAUGGGAACAGUUUGGACAAACCAGCACACAAAAACAGGAAAAUCCCCACUCAUAUGGGACCAACAAUUGUGCAAUUUGUGAAAUCGAAUCCUCAGAUGACCCGCCUUGAAGUUAUUCAACAUUUUGGUCUCCUGGUGAGCCUCGAAGGUCUCCGCGUAUUUUUGAAGAAGCAUGGAUAUGAACCUCAGCGUGGAACAAAAACAAAAGCAAAAGCAAAAACAGAAACAGAAACAAAACAGAAUCUGAAAUGA